AUGGGUAACGAUAAAAAUUUUGUUGAAUCUCAAGAUCUACCAUUUCGUUUAAUUGAAAUUCCAAUUGGUUCAGCUCCACCUGCACUUUGCUCAACAAAUGAAAAAUUUCAUAAUUAUAAAAAAUCUUAUGCUCCAUCAAUUCCUUUGAUACGCAUUGAUGGAUAUGAUGAUGCACCUUCAUCUCUUGUUCCUCUUCCUCCAAAAAUACCACAACCGUAUAAUACACAACCAUUUCUACAUAUUCCUCAAAGACGUCAUCUUUAUGAAUUAAAUUCAAAAACUUAUCCAAUCAAAGUAAAUAAUUAUCGAAAAAAAAUUCACAAACCCAAAUUAUCCUGUUGUCUUAUCUCUUAA